AUGUUUGCUUAUAAAGUAUACUUAAAAUAUAGAGUAUGGCACAUGUGUCCCGGUGGUAGCCUCGUACCGCGUCACAGUUUUCUCUGUCCAAACGGAACAAUUUUCAACGAAUUUAGAAGAAUUUGCGAUUGGUGGUACAAUGUGCGCUGCGAAAAGGACGACACGAGGAAACGAAGGUCUGUGUUAGUAAAAGAAGAGGUUAAUCCAGGAAGGAAUAAUACCAACUUUCGAAGAUUUCCUUUUACAUGGAGACGAGCACAUUUUCCCAUUAUUCCACCUCGUCUUAGAGUAAAAUCUAUCAAUCGAGUGGUAUCGUCGACAACCAGCACAACGACAACGACGACAACAACAGAAACAAUUCCAACUGAUUCAAAUAUUCGACCAAUUGAUAUAUUUGAAAUUUCUUCAUCGGAUAACAGUCCAGCUAUUGUAUGGCCUGUGCCAAGAAGACCUGCAUCUAGAAGAUUCCGAACUCCUUCAUUCACAACUUCUGCACCUAGGGUAUUACCAAAGUUGCUUCAACCGAAACCCACUCGCCCAGCAAUAUACAGUUUGGAUGGAUUUGUACCGAAACCUUCUAUACAACGAAUAAGCACUACUGAAGCACCACUAGAAAUUCGCCGACAAUAUCUUCUUACUAACAACAACAACAACAAUAACAACAACAACCACAACAACAACAACAACAAUAAUAAUAAUAAUCUACACGAGAAACGAAAAAAGAAGAAAAGUCGCCAGUCUCUUUACGAAGAUGACGAUGAUAAAGGUGAUAAAUAUGGUUUAGGUCGACGUAAAAAACCUGUUAGCAGAUAUACAGCUUUCGCCAGGAAAGGUAUACCAGGUAUAGAUUAUCCCGUCAAUGUCAGAAUACCUCAGACAAACUUUGAUUGUAGCUCACGACUUGGUCCUGGACUGUAUGCUGAUCCUGAAACAGACUGUCAGAUGUCUACUCGAUAA